AUAUAUACAGUGAUUACUAUUACUAGUAUUAUUGCUAGUAAUACUAAUACUGUAGUUAUUUUUUUUCAAGUGAUUAAUAAUAUACUGUAUUGUCUAUCAAAACACACACACAAUAACUAACUAAUAAUAAUAAUAAUUAUUAUUAUUGUUUUAAUUACUAAUAGGAUAUAUGAUUCACAAUAAUAAUAGACUAUUAAUAGCUUAAAGUUUUGUUUUUAAUUAUAAUUUUAAUUUAUAAAUAUAUUCAGUGUAGUCAUCAUCAGCUGUCUGUGUGUAUGACCUAUUGGUGGUGACAAUUGUUUAUAUGAUAUACAGUACAGACACACACACACACACAUCAAUUCACGGAUCAAUUGUCUGGUGAUAUAUCAAUUUGAUGUCAAGUGGUUAGGAUCAGCUGUAUAUGAAUCAGCAGCGACUACUACUACUAUCAUCAUCGUCAUCAGCAUCGGCUGCUGCUGCUACUGUCGGUAAUAUGUUUGGCGGCGGAUCAGACAAACCGCCGGCACCGCCCGUACGAUUGGCAUCGGCUCGCGAUCAGCUAACAACCGUACCGUUGGACAUGAGACCCCUGCCGAAAGAACCCGAUGGACACCACGACAAGGAUCGGUCAUCGUCGUCGUCGUCGGCAACCAAAUCAAUGAAAUCCAAGUUUGCCAAAACACCGAAAUCCGGAUCAAAGUCGUCGUCAUCGUCGACGGAUAAACCGGUUAUCAGUCCGCCCACUAAUUUCGAGCAUACCAUUCACGUUGGGUUCGAUUCGAUGACCGGCGAAUUUACGGGAAUGCCGGCCAAUUGGUCACAAUUGUUGCAAAAUUCUAAUAUAUCGAAAACCGAACAGAAGAAGAAUCCGCAAGCGGUUCUCGAUGUACUCAAAUGGUACGACUCGUCCCAUAAGACUAAAGACGAAAAGUAUAUGACUAUCAAUCGUAAUAUCGAUACGAGUCCGCGGCCAAGUUUUCUAGCCGAACGAUUGGCCGCAAUGACUACAGCAACUACAACGACAACAUUGGCUUCGUCGUCGUCGGCCAGUGUUUCGCCGAUUCAUACGAAAUUUAUACUAACCGACGGCUGCUCUGGCGGCGGCUCAACAGUUUCGUCAUCCAUAUCUAUACUAUCGACACCCGAUGACGAUCACCAGCAGCUACUAAUUACUACAGCAACCAAUAGCAAUCAACAACACCAACACCACCAUCAGUCGACCGGUGAUAAUAAUACAGAACUAGUGGACGACUGUUGUGAACCGUGUCCGCCGCCAAUAGCUGCCCGGCCGGAGAAAACAAAGUCUAUUUAUACGAAACCAGUUAGUAGUGAAGUAAUAGUGAAAAGUGUAAAUAAAGACAUUGCUAACAAUAAUACAAAUAAUAAUAGUAGUAAUAAUAAUAAUAAUAGUAGUAGUAAUAAUGUCGGCAGCGGUGGCGGUGGUGGUGGUCACCAUCAUCUGACACCGCAAAUGUUGAAACAGAAGAAAAAGAAAAUGAGUGACGAAGAAAUACUCGACAAACUAAGAGUUAUAGUAACUAUUGGCGAUCCGAAUCGUAAGUUUACAAAAAUGGAAAAAAUUGGCCAGGGAGCCAGCGGUACUGUCUAUACGGCCAUCGAAAUAUCGACGGGUAUGGAAGUGGCCAUCAAACAGAUGAAUCUGUCACAGCAGCCGAAAAAAGAGUUGAUUGUCAACGAAAUACUAGUGAUGCGCGAAAACAAACACCCGAAUGUUGUCAACUAUUUGGACAGUUAUCUGGUCGGCGAAGAACUAUGGGUUGUAAUGGAAUAUUUACCGGGAGGUUCGCUGACCGAUGUGGUUACCGAAACCUGUAUGGACGAAGGACAGAUUGCAGCCGUUUGUCGGGAAGUACUACAGGCACUGGAGUUUCUGCACUACAAUCAUGUUAUACAUCGUGAUAUCAAAUCGGAUAAUAUAUUGCUCGGUAUGGACGGCAGUGUUAAACUAACUGAUUUCGGUUUCUGUGCCCAAAUAUCGCCCGAACAAAACAAACGGACAACAAUGGUGGGCACUCCCUACUGGAUGGCGCCGGAAGUUGUCACACGUAAACAGUACGGACCCAAAGUCGAUAUCUGGUCAUUGGGUAUAAUGGCUAUCGAAAUGAUCGAAGGAGAGCCACCCUAUCUGAAUGAAAAUCCAUUAAGAGCUCUUUACUUAAUUGCCACAAACGGAAAGCCAGAAAUCAAAGAGAAAGACAAACUGUCGCCACUGUUCCAGGACUUCCUCGACAAGUGCCUUGAAUGCGAUGUCGACAAACGAUGGUCUGCUUCUCAACUAUUAAAGCAUCCCUUCUUGAAGAUGUGCCGACCCUUGACUACAUUGAAUGCCCUAAUAGUGGCGGCAAGAGAUGCCACUAAAGGACACUGAUUAUGACAACAACAAAAAACUCUUAGAUAACAAUCCACAACAACAACAACUACAACAACAAGCCUUAUAUAAGAAAAUACAAACAAACAAAAAAAUUAAUGCAAUAUUUUAAUUGAUUGGAUUAUAUUAUAUAUAUGUGUACAGUAAUGAUGGAUCAAAUGAUAUAUAAGCAAAACAAACAAAAAAAAGUAAUACUACUGUGAAAACUAUAAAAAA